UUCUGUUAUCUAAACGCAUCAACGCGAUUUCUUCUCUCAGUAUGAUUUACAUUGUAUAUGCAGGUCUUUGAGAAUGAAUCGUAAUGUAACUUCCGCUUACUCAUCAUUACUAUGAGUUAAUUUAUCAAUUUCUUAAUGUGUUGUUUAUCUGAAUCUCGUCACCGAAACUAUUAUUUUUAUUUACAGCGAUUUUUCGCGCCUUCCCGCUUCGGUACUCUUUUCUAUUAGUGGUUUCGAAAACUAAUCUUAAAUGUUUACAGAGUUGCAAGGAGUAAAUAUGCGCUCCGAUAGACAAUGGCCUCAUUGAGAGGAGUCAACGAAUAACUCUUGUCAACGUGAGAGCCUCAAGCUGUCGCAAUCCACGGCCGGUUGGCCCUCGACCCCCAUCGUUCUGCCUCUCGCCAUCACUCGGCGCUCCUACGUUUCCAUUUACCCUUCCAUCAUUCCUCUUAAUUUAAUUUGUAUGCUUUUUGCGAAGUUUCCUGCCGGUUCUUUUUUACUCUGGAAGAAAUCGGUAGAUUUAAGAGAAAUUUCUUUGUCGACUACCCCUAUACUUUCUUGGUUCUGAUUCGCAUAUGUAGUUUUUAACUAUGUUCAUUCCGCCUAAAGGGACUCCGUCCCCAAGAUAUGGCAAAACGAAGCUAUUCAUCUUCUUCUGCGCGUCCUCGGCUACUUCCACCUACUCCCACGACAAUACGUACUAAGCAACAGCGACGAACCAACGACACGAACGAGGUGUGCGCGAGUCCCCCACCUUUUUCGCUACGGAUGACCUCCUCGUGGUCGCGUUCGAACAGCUUCGCAGGGAUAAAAUGUACACUUGGCGUCGUCCACGAGGCUUUUAGCGUCGGCAGAACGAGACCGUCGCUCGUGUUAGUCGUGCUCGAUCGGUGGAACGGAAUUUUGUACGACGGCAACGACGACGACGACGACGAGAAAUUGUUGUGUGCACCCGCGAACGAUCGAUAAACGAUAAAUGAUCGUCGAUUGAAACGAAUUCGAUUUUCAUGGAUCUCGCCUUUGGUGGAACCGGCGGAAUGUUAGACAACAUCGGCGGCAACAUUGUAAGAUGGACAGCGUUCGUACUUUGCCUAUUAUCGACAGUUUCUGGUCAAUUGGACCUGCCGCCAUACAGGAACGAAGAUGCUAGUCGACAGAUACCACCGUACAGAGGCAAUGAUGUCGACCGACAACUGCCACUAUACAGGGACGAAGAUGCUGGUCGACAGAUACCACCCAAUGAAUUAAAUUAUCAGAAUAUCUUAGCUAGAUUAGACUUCCUAGGCGCAGAGAGAUGUAGUGCUAAUGUAAUAGCUCAAUGGGCAUACGAAACCAACGUCAACGAGUACACGCAGUUACAAGCGCUGGACGCCCAACGCUUAUACGCGGACUUCCAAUACCAGGCUUGGCUUUUAAUUUCCAGAAUUGACUUAAAUUCUAUUCGAGAUCCUAUUGUCAGACGACGACUUCGUUAUUUGGCCGCGGUGGGCCCUUCAGCACUGCCACCUGAUCAACUGGACAGGUACAACCGUUUGAUCAACGACAUGCUUGCGAUUUAUAACGCGGCGACCAUAUGCGCCUACAACGAUCCGUUCCGGUGCGGGCUGCGUUUAUAUCCAGAUAUCUCGCAGAUCAUGGCGAGAAGUCGGGACUGGGACGAGCUGCAGUAUGUUUGGACCGAGUGGAGAAGACGAAGCGGCAGGCCGAUUAGGGAUCUGUAUAUACAACUCGUUACGUUGACCAAUGAUGCUGCAAGAAUGAAUAACUUCACUGAUGCCGCCGAAUAUUGGAUGUUCCCUUACGAGUCUCCCAAUUUCCAACAGGACAUUGACGAGGCUUGGGAAUCGAUACGUCCGCUCUACGAAGAACUGCAUGCUUAUGUUCGCAGAAAGCUGAGAGAUCUCUACGGUCCUGAAAAAAUCGGCGGACACGCGGCUCUUCCGUCUCACAUUCUCGGUAACAUAUGGGGUCAGUCUUGGACCAAUCUUUUAGAUGUUACUUUGCCAUAUCCAGGGAAAACAUAUCCUGACGUUACGCAGGAAAUGCGGGCUCAAGGCUAUACACCUAUUGACAUGAUUCGUGUGGCCGAGGAAUUUUACUUGUCCUUGAACUUGAGCGCUUUGCCACCGGAAUUUUGGGCCGGAAGUGUAAUCGCUGAUCCUGGCGACCGCCCAUUAAUCUGCCAGGCGUCCGCAUGGGAUUUUUGCAAUCGUAUAGAUUACAGGAUCAAAAUGUGUACGAAGAUAACGAUGAAGGAUUUAAUAACUUUACAUCACGAGAUGGCACACAUUCAAUACUUCCUGCGGUACAGCGGUCUACCUCGCGAAUUUCGUGACGGCGCUAAUCCAGGCUUUCACGAGGCGGUCGGCGAGGCCGUCGCUCUGAGCGUCGCGACGCCGCAGCAUCUGCAGACUCUGGGCCUGGCAAACACGUACAUCGACGAGCGGGCCGCGGACAUCAACUACCUCUUCUCCCUGGCGAUGGACAAACUAGUGCUGCUACCCUUCAGUAUCGCGAUGGACAGGUGGCGAUGGGACGUGUUCCGCGGCUUUGUCAACAAGGAGGAAUACAAUUGUCACUGGCACCGGGUGAAGGAGCAGUACACGGGCACGAAGCCUCCGGUCCUGCGGUCCGAGGACGACUUUGAUCCAGGCGCGAAGUAUCACAUCCCGGCCAACAUCCCCUACAUACGAAAUUUCGUGGCUGGGGUCCUCCAGUUCCAGCUGUACCGCUCGCUGUGCCAGGCCGCGGGACAGAGGUCCGAGGUCGAUAAUCCGAGGAGGCCGCUGCACAGAUGCGACUUCUACAGGAGUCCAGCGGCCGGCAGGAUCCUGGGGAGAUUGAUGGAGAGGGGCUCGUCCAUCCCGUGGCAGGAAACAUUGCGAGAAGCCACCGGCGAGUUCAGAUUAGACGGAUCCGCUCUUAGGGAGUACUUCCGGCCAUUAGAGGACUGGUUGAGGACCGAGAAUUUGAGAACGGGAGAAGUAGUCGGCUGGUCAUACGACGGAGACAUUUGCAAAAGGAGCAUAGAAACCGCGGGUCUGCAGGUUUACGGCAGUGGCUUCUACUACAACAGCGGCACACUCGUCUCCACAUCUUGGAUCGCGACGGGGGUCACGGCGAUCCUUUGGGUUUUAACAACGCUCUAUUAAACUCGACAACUCGACAAGUAGCCGAUUCAUCAUCUAACAUUGAUGACAAUAAAUUCAAGGAGAAGGCUCGUUGCAUCGUUAAUCUGCCAAAAUAUAUCAAAUACUUGCAAAAUCGCCGGAUAAAUUGUAAACAUGGAAAUAGUCAAAUUAUUCGAAUGCAUCAAGUUAAUAUCUUGAUAAAAAUGUCGUUACUGCCAAGUAUUCUAAAAAGUAUCACUCUGAUCGAGCGUCAAGCUGCGCGCUUGGCGCGAUGUAAAAAGGUCACACUGUCAAUUUACAAACUUAUUAUUACGUAGAUCUGUACAAUCGUAAUACUAUUAAUAUUAUACGUUUAUAUUAUAUGUAUAUGUGUCAUGUUAUAAUAUUAUACGCAGUGUUACAAUUAAGUGUAUCAAAGCGUGUCUGAAAACGUCGUGUGUGUCGUGCGUGGGUGCAAGUACAUAAAUCAUUUCGUAUACUCGUAUACAGCUCGUGAUUCACACCCUGUAACUAUUAACCUCUCUCACUGUUGAUUGAUCAAAUAAACUUAUGUAAAAAAAAAGAAAAAAAAAGAAUUGCGCCGGAAUUUUUGCCAUAGCGCUCGAUUGUCCGAGCCGUUACGUCAUCCUCGGUGAACAGUUUUCAUUUUCUAAGGUAUCUGCUUCUCCGUACGCUCCGGUUCUUCUAACGGGAUUGCAAAAUCGAGGCUCGGCCGUCCUGCGAUGUUACUUUUUCCAGCGCUCGACGAGCGAGCGGAUAGAAUUUUAUUCUUUUUUUUUUCUUCGCGUAACAAAGAGAGUGCUCGUUGAAGCGGCACGUUUAUCUUCGGCGUUGACGUACGGAGGGGCAGAGGGAGAAUAUUUCAUAUUCGGCGGGGAGAGAGAGGAUUCCCCGCGCGAAUUAUCUGGCACGCACAAAAGCUGCUCGACGAAAAAAGCCACGCCGGCCGCGCGGCUCCCUUAUCUUGCGUAAUUGAAAGCCGGCGAAAUCGUACCAGGUGAAAUCGCGCUUUUGCUGUCAAAUUACCGGUAAACUCAAUCGGACCGCCUUAGUGUCCCUCCCUUGGGCCGCUUUAUUGCAUCUUUUACCGCCGCUGCCGUUAGAUCGCUCGAAUAUAUCUCUUGACAUUCCCCGCGCGUAUCACGCUGCAUUUUUCUUCGUUUCGACAUUAGCAAGUCGUGAAUAAGAAUAACGAUUUCCGAGACGAUCUCUAUAAGUAGCGCGUAAACGUACAUAAUUAUACGUUAAUCCACCGUUUGACCGCAUUCCUCGAAAUUACGGCGAGUGAUAUGUCUGGACAUCGAAGCUCUCAUUACGUUAAAUAUUUAAAUUAUCAAUUAGCGAUAAAAGUCUCUCAUAAAUUUUGAUAAGGAAUUUGAGCAAUUACGAUUUCAGUAUUGCUUAUAUAAUUCAGAUUUGUAAGAUGAUAAACAAACGUUGAAUUUCUUCGCAAAGACAGCAGCCGCUUUCUCGGCCGGAUUAGAAACGUAUAAGAUUAGAGGCGCAAAUAUCAAUCUCACGUAGAAAAUCGAAACUCAACGAUAACGGGCUCUUAUUAAACCCUUUUGUUUCACGGCCGCUCUCUCGUCCGAUUUUUCAUUUUGCACUUCAGCGCGUAGGACGUCAGCUUUCACGCGAAAGCCGUUAUUGUUUGCAAUAACGGCAACGUCGCUGAAACCCGUAAUUGCCGGCACAAAGGUGGCCCCUGUCCAGAAAACUGGUCCGCCCGUGUCUUGCGUAAGACGCGAAGACGCGGAAAUCGAGCGAAAAGGAAGACGCUUGCAUCACCGCGUCGAACGUAUACGUACGCGCAACGCGCUGCGCGCUAGCUGCAUUUCAUCGCGCGCGCGACCGGAAAUAUUUCUGCGAUCUUAUCAUCUCACACGCAGCGGACCCGAUACGCAUACCAUCCUGCGCGUAAUAUAUACUCGACGAAAGCGGAAUAUUCGAUUUCAAUACUCGCGGUCUCCUCUGACGCACAGCACGCAGAUGGAUUUCCCGCGUUUUCGCGCAUACAUCGUACGACUUGUCGAAUUAACGACGCGGCGUGUGCAAUUAUUCCAUCCCUUGCGUAACGCGAGAAGUAAUAAUUUACGCCGGUCGGUCCGCUUCCUGUCGCGCGGAGGAGAUUCCAUUAACCGAAACGAUACACGCGGAUACAUCGCGAUGAGUCUAAUUCACUCUCCGGGGAUUCGCGUUGGAAUCGCGGAAAUCGGCGAGAGCCGUAAGAAGAGCGCGCCGCAGUGCACCUGACUACUCCGAAUCCUGAUCCGUCCCAUUACGAAAUCGCAGAUUGCCCCGCAAUUAAGCGCCGUCGUGUGUGCCGCCACUCCAAGUUUCCAUCCUGAAAUUGUUUUGAAAUUUCUUACUUAACGCGAGCGCGGUAUUACUUCACACGAUACAUCAGACGUUACACACCUUGUUACGCGCUCGCGAUUCGUAUUCCGUUCGACGGAUAUCCGCCGCGUAUUAAUCUGAAUAUGAGAAAUCGUGUUGUUUGUCGGGAAUACAUAAUAGCCCUUCUCUCCCGGUUACUCUGCGGGCAUAAGCGCCAGCUUUACCCUAAGAUGCGUACGGACUCGUGAUUUUAUUUGUUACGCCUUGCCGCCGUUCGAAAACUCGACCGAAUAUUAUGUAAAUGUUAUUAUAUCGCGGUCUUCGAACAGAAGUUAAUUUCAGUUAUAAUAACUGCAAGUAAUAGCGAAAUAUGUUACGGCAAUAAUAAUUUUCACCGACAAAUCAUAUUUUUCGGCAUCAUAAAUUACAUGUAUCGAAAAGGUUCUCGUAAUUUCUAUUAUUAAUGAUGAAGAGUGCGUUGCGCAACGGAGACAUUGUGGAUUAAUUAUGUUAUUUCCAUUUCUCCUCUCUCUCUCUCUCUCUCUCUCUCUCUCACUUUCGUAAUGGAGAGCAAUGAAGCGGUAACAGGUGAAGGAUAAAUUUGGUGAAAGAAGAUAUCGUGAUGGAAAAAGUUUCUCUCUCGUUGAUAACACUAGGAUUAAGCAAUGUUAAUGGCUAACAUUGACGCGUGAGGCUUCUGGCGAGGAGCGGGGGAGGGAGAGACCGAUCAUAAAUCGCUCAAAAGUGGAAACCGGUCAGAAACGGAUAAACCGGACGUUUGGUUCGUCGACGCCCAUGGAACGGUCGAUUUGGCGACCUGCCCCGAAACUGGUCCGACCAGUUGCAUAAUCGGAAGACCGGGAAGUCGUGCCUUUCCGCGAAACGUCUGCGAGGCGCACAAUGUGCGAGCCUGACUGACUGGACGCCACUCUCGUCCACUUUCACCGUCGGUCGCGCGCUCGCACGGUUUUAGCCGCGGCGGCUGUCUUUGCGAGCAGCCGAAAUCGCCGAAAGAGGAAAAGCAAGAGAAAGAAAAAGAGAGGAGGGAGAAAAGAAGGUACGCAAUUUCACCGGCUGGCCGGAGAAUCGGAUGUAAUCGUUUUAAUUGAGGCCUGCCGGAAGGGAGGAGCCUCGACGAAAUGGACCCGACAAAAUCCAUUUCGAAAUUGUGCGUGAAAGUGAUCCCGAAAGCAUAUCGACAUCUCGUUCCUUCUCUUCGCCCUCUUCCCUUUUCGGCCAGCACGUCGGCAUCAAUACAGGUGCGUGGUUUGUAGAUCGCAAAAAGGAAAGGGGACGACAAAAUUUCGUAUACACGCGAGUUGUGCAACACGAAUGCCGACGAGGUGAAUCGGUUACGUCACGCGUGUCGAGCGUGUAGAAAAUUAUACGUGAAAUGAGUUCGCAAGACAGAUGACACACGAGAUGGACCGAAGGGAAUCGAUCGCGUGUACUUAUGGGCACGCGACGUGGUCGGUCGUUUCGAAACUAACAGUGAAAGUAAUCAAGGAAAGAGAUUAAGCGAUAAAUUUAUAUUAAGAGACACUGGCGUGUAACUCUAACUCACUAGCGUGCGCGUCGGCAUAUCAAAUUAAUUAGCAUAUUAAACGUAACUAAUUAAUUCCACAGAAGUAUGCUAAAUUGGCUUAACUGUAGAACUUUCCAUUGCGGAAUUGGCGAAUCUGUUUUGCUGCCUUUUCGCGCGCAGCGAUCAAUUUUCAUAAUUUUCAUUUUGAUAUAUUUCCCUUCAAACUUCCAAGAUUUUUUGUUAGAAACAGAAAUGUAAUUGAGUGAUCUAAAUUACACUAGUCAUACUGUUUUACAAAAUGUUUAUUUUUGUGCUACUUAAUAUCUUUUUAACAUAAUUUAGAAAUAUUUCGCAACAAAAAUCUGUAGAUAUUUUGUAAGGAAUAAAAUCGGCGACGGAAAAUCAAAUACGAAAUAAUUUUGAUGUCGAGAUUAUCUUUGUCCGACUGGUUCUACUCGGAUGAGAGAAAGAGGGGAAGGGAGGAAGAAAAAAUUAUAUUACUGUUAACGGCACAAAUAGCGAGAGAUAAUGAAGGUCUUUCUGUCUUUUGAAAGGCGCGCUUUUAAGAAACAACAGGCUGCCCCGAGAUCGUUACGGUGAUCGUAAAGACUUAUUACGUCUGCGAAAUAAACUCGGGGUCAACGAUAUCCCAGAAUAAUAUCUAGCAUUACUUGGCCGGUAAUGAGGGUAAUUAUGAUUAGUGUUGUUCCAACGGAACAAUGCUCAAUGCUUAUGCAAUGCGAGACGUAGAGCGGCACCAAUGUCACUGUCUCGCGCGAUUAGGUCAACGACGAUUUACACAACGAAUCACGCUGGCUGAAAGCAUGGACCAGUUUGUUUUUCUUCAGCUAACAUUUUAUUAGGCUAAUUAAUCCUGCAAAUCUAUUUAAAUUCCUUUAUAUAUAAAUAUGGAGAAGACCUAAACAAUGUGUGCCUUUUUUGUUAAUUAUGUAAAAAGAUUUAUUAUAAAAUUAAUGUGAAACCUGAUAAGGUAAAUUUUAUAACGCGCAUGUUGAAAUGAUAAUCCGUAACGGAACGUUUAAAAUCAAAUAAAGUGAAUAACGCAACACAA